AUGCAGAUCACCAGCACCCUCAUGACUCUCGCCGUCCUGGCCGUAGGGAUCAACGCCGCCCCCGCACCCCUGAACAUCAACCUCGGCGCAUACUCCCCUGCGUUGGUGGUCGGUGAUGGUGCGCUCACAUUCGGAGGCGAGGCGGAGGCUGGAAAGGCCGCUCAACAAGGCAUUGUCGCAGGCCGAGAUAUUACAAAGAGGGUGGAGAAGCGCCAGAGUGGCUUCGAUCGUGCCCUCACGUUUGCCGAGGCUGCGCUCACAAAGGGUCCCAAGAUCCAACUCGGAAACGGCGAGGGCGGUGCCGGCGUCGGUAUCAUCGUUGACAAUAACCCUACCGCUGCUGCUCAACCAAACCGUGCCGGUAAGGCUGAGAGGAGGAGAUAG